GACGAGGGCGCGCGCAAGGGUCCUUCGCUCGCGGUCUCUCGUCGCUUUCCUGGAAAAACUCGGAGAAACUCGAGACUUCGCAGUCCGCGGUGUGGGCGCCAGAGCCGGGCCGCGGAGCCCUGCACGCGGGUCCCCUGCAGACGCUCGCCGGCUCCAGCUGCUGCGAUGCCGCCGCCCCCCUCGGAGCAGGCCCUGGGCGAGCUGCUGGCCCGCAAGGAGGAGGAGUGGAGGGCGCUGCAGGCCCAGCGCGCGCGGCUGCAGGAGGCGGCGCUGCAGGAGGCGCAGGGCCGGCUGGAGGAGGCGCAGGGCCGGCUGCGGCGGCUGCAGGAGGACUUCGUCUACAACCUGCAGGUGCUGGAGGAGCGGGACCGCGAGCUGGAGCGCUACGACGCCGCCUUCGCCCAGGCCCAGCGGCUGGAGGGCGCCCGGCAGGCCGAGGUGAGCGAGCUGAAGGUCGAGGCGGCCCGGCUGCGGCAGGCGCUGGCCAGGGAGGCCCAGCGGCGGGAGGAGCUGCAGCAGCAGCUCCAGCAGAAGGAGCAGGAGCACCGCCUGGCGCUGCGGCGGGCCCACAGCGACAAGAGCGGCGAGGUCGACCGGCAGCGGGAGCAGUACGAGAAGCUGCAGCGGACGCUGGAGAGGAAGCUGGAGGAGCUCGAUGGCCAGCUGGCCCUGCAGAGGCAGGAGCUGCUGCUGGAGUUUGAAUCCGAAACGCAGAAGCGGGAGCAGGCCUUCCGGCUGCACGCGGACAGCGUGAGCGGCGUGGUCUUGGCACAUGAGCUCAAGGUGAAGCUUCUGAACGAGGAGCUGGGGGCCCUGAAGGAGGCUGGCGCCCAGGCGGCCGAGUCCCUGCGGAGCGCGCAGGCCGCCAACUCGGAGCUGGAGGACAGGCUGCGGCGGGCGGCCUGGGAGCUCCGGGACCUCGCCGCCGUGAAGGACGCCCGGAUAAAGGAGCUGGAGGGCAGACUCCAGUCCACGCAGCUGACCCGGGAGAAGGAGGAGGAGACCUUCAGGAGGAAGCACGAGGAGCUGGACCGCACGGCCCGGGAAAGGGACGCGGUGCUGGCGUCGGUGAAGGACGCCCACGCGGAGCAGCUGCGGGCGCUGGAGGCGCGGGUCCGCGAGCUGCAGGCCCAGUGCGAGGCGCUGGAGCUGCAGGCCCGCCGGGCGGAGUGGCGGCAGGCGGACGCGCUGCGGGAGAAGGACGCCGCCAUCGCCAGACUCCGGGAGGAGGCGUCCACGCUGAGGUCUGACUGGGACGCCCAGGUCGCCCAGCUGUCCAAGGAGAUGACCUCCAGAGACCUGCGGGUCCAGUCGCUGCAGCAGGAGGAGGCGGAGCUCCAGGCGCAGCUGGCCCGGUGCCAGCAGGACGUCGGCAGGUACCAGCGGCAGCUGGCCCUGGCCGCGGAGAGGGAGCAGAGCCUGGAGCGUGACAAGGCGCAGCUGGGCCUGGACUGGCAGCGGCGCUGUGCCGGCCUGGAGAGGGACCACUACCGCCAGUCCGAGGAGCUGGUCCAGGGGCUGACCGCGGCCCGGGAGCAGGCUGUUGCCAAGCUCCAGGAGGCGGAGCGCAAGCUGCGCGAGCAGGAGGCGGUGCUGCGGGCCGUGACCCUCGAGAGAGACCAGGCCCUGCAGGCCCUGAGGACCCACGGGCUCCUCCCUGAGCAGGAGCUCCAGGUGCUCCUGGGGCGCCGGGGGGAAGAAGCCGGCGGCAGCUUCCCGUCGGGGGAGAUCCAGCGGCUGCAGCGGCAGAACGCGAGCCUGCGGGACGCCGUCGCCCGCAUGAGGACGCAGAUGGAGGCUCUGAGCCAGCAGGUGCUGCCCCCCACCCAGCCGGCUGGGGGCGGAGCCUCAGCCCCCACACCGCAGCCAGAGUCGGGCGCACAGGCCGCCACCCCUGAUUAUGUUCUGGGCCUUGAAGCAGAAAUACGAAACCUCAAGUGCAAGUUGGAGACGCUGGAAGAACAGCUGGGAGAUGUGCCCCAGAGCGACGGCCCGCCCGGCCUCCCUCCCGCAGCUGAGGCCACCGGUCUCCCCACAGGGGACGCCGCGGCCCCCGACAGCGUCGCCGUGGGGCUGGCGCUCGGGCGGCUGGGCGACCGGACGCGUCUGCUGAACCUGCUGGUGGCCCGGCUGCGGCAGGAGGUACGGCCCCCGCAGGCCGUGCGGGUCUGUGACCGGGAGUGGAGCCCCCUCCCACCCACCCUGAGCCUGAUGUCCUCCUCGGGGCCUGUGUUCCUGAGACUCUUUCCCGCGCCCCCUGGGCUCCACCUGGGGGGCUUCAGUCCCCGCUCCGUCCGGAUGCCUCCCAGCAGGCUCUACCCCAGGCGCUCCCCCGCCCGUGCAGACGGGCGGGCGGGUCCCCUGGGGCCAGUCUGGGGGGGCUGGAGGGCAGUGGCUCGGGUCCCCAGGGUUGAGCACCUCAAACAAAUGAGAGGAGGGCCCGAGGGCCGUGUGUCCCUUCUGAUUUUCCGGAACCUCCCACCACCGCCCCCUGCUGCUCUGUCCCCCAGCCCCAUCCACGGUGGCUGCCUCCUCCCUAACGCUGCCUCCGACGGCCCCCAGGCCCUGCAGGAGCCCCGGAAGGUGGGCGCCACCCAGUGUGCGCUCCCCCACACGGCGGACCAGGUGCAGCUGGAGGCACUGGAGCUGCAGGGGCAGGUGGCUGAGCUGCAGAGGCACCUGGGGACGGCGGGACCGAGCCGCUGCGUGGCUCUCGGGAGACAGGUGGGUGCCCUGCGCCGGCCUCGGGUGCACCCCAGCUGCUGGCCGUCCUGGGUCCUGCUGCAGGGGUCGCCCUGGGGGCUGCCCUCACAGUGGCCAGCAGAGCCCGGCGCGCUGCUGCAGGGCCGGGGCGGCCUGCUCCUCCCGGCCUUCUCGACCUGCCCCUCGGAGGGCCCUGUGGCUCCCGUAAGCUUCUCGGUGGCUGAGGCAGGGCCCCCUGUGCAGGAGGCGGGGCCCCCACCCGGGCUCCUGCUGGCCCCACUGCCCCCGGCGGUCCAGCCAGGCCAGGCCGCCUUUCCUCUACUGAGGACACCUUGUGACGUGCCUCCUGAGACCUCUGUCAGUCCCGAGGUGACCUCUGGUGACCUGCUCGUCAGGGAUGGUGAAAUGCUGCCUGGCAGGCCCUCGGCGGGGGAGGGGGAGGGCGGGGGCGCAGGGCCCGGGCCGGGACGCCACCACCCCCGUCCCCUCCCCCACCCCUGUGGGUUUCCUUUCCAGGUCCUGGCAGCUGGGGGACCCUCCGGGACCGGGGACCCCGGGGCACCUCCCCCACUGGCCCCGUCGGUGCCGCAGCUGCAGCGGAAACUGAGGGCGGCGGCCCAGGCAGCCCUCCGCCUGCAGCGGGAGAAGGAGCAGCUGCUGGAGCUGGGCAACCGGCUGCGCGCCAGGCUGGGCCGGCCCGCAGGGACACCCGGCCGCCCCUGCCCCGGCCCGGGGGCCCGGAACCCAGGGGAGGGGCCUGAGACGACCUGGGAGCACGGCCGGCCUCUGAGACAGCUGCAGCCCCACCUCGCCAGCCAGGGCUCGAGGAGCGCCGACGGGGGACGCCCAGGAGAGGCCCCGCCCCACGCGGCAGCUGCGGUCGGCAGAGACGGCGCUCCCCACGGCACGGCGGCAGGCACAGCGGGGCCGGGGCAGAAGCGACCCAGCGUCUCCACGGCGACUUGCAAGUCGGCCCGUGAGAAGGAGAACCGGUCCCCGGAGCCGCGGCAGGCUCCCGGGCCUCGCCAGGGCCGCGGCCCCCACACCCCAAGGUCCUCGUCGCUCACCAGCGGCUCCCUGCAGGACACCUGGAGGCUACUCGACCUGGGGUCCAGCCCUUCCGGCCUAGCCUCCCAGGAUGACCCGGCGCCCGCAGAGCUCACGGCGCCUGCAGCGGCCGACCGCCUGAGACCCGCCAACGGGAGCCCCAGGGAGACGCGGGCGGCCUUCGCCAUCCAGGGGGUGAAGAUGGACGCCCAGGCCAAGGCCAAGCCCGCCAGACCCCCCCGGGCUCACCCUGCGAACCCUAAACGCUGCCAGCGGGCCCCCAAGAUCCGGAACUACAAUGUCAAGGACUGACUUCGCCCCUCCCCUCCUCUCUCUCCACAGCGGGGGGUGCGUGUGUGCACACGGGGUGGGGGGGUGGGGGUACCGUGAGCCACAGCACGGGCUCCCCCGCGCUGGUGCGGCAUCUCGCAGACGGGGUGCGGAUCCCAUUAAAGCUGUGCCCCCCCCCACUC